CUGUAGAUGAGGUACCAACUCACCUCUAUUGUUUUUCUGCAUGUCUCCUUUUAUGUACUUGGUUUUUAGCGACCCUCUCGUACAUAUAAUCAUAUGGGGGGUUGCGUCCCGACGCGGAUCCCAUCCCAACCUGAAAAAGAAAAACACGAACGACCGCCCUUCCUUCAUCUUUCCCCUUAGAAACACCUAAAACAUAUUUUCACCCAUCGCAAGGCCUCCCCCUAUGUCUUCGAGCACCGGGUGAUUGAUUCAUUAGACUGCUCGAUACCCUUUCCCUCUUUUAUUAUUUAUUCUUGCUGCAAGAAACUUGCUUGCAGACAGGACGCUUUUUUUUUUCUUUUUAAUCUUUUUUGUCCUGUGGGGGGAAACUCUGAUUCUUGCGUGGCCCCCUGGAUCUUGCAUCGCUCAUAGAAGUGAAGUGUUCGAGGGAUCGACAUCGACAUAACUCGAGCUUUGGGAAGCGAGAAAAAAAAAGUCAAGAAAUAUCGAUACCUUAAACGGUUUGUCACCUUGUCAUUUAAGACUGGUUGGUGUAGCCGACAGUCAAAAUGGCUUAUAACGGUGGUCGCGGUGACGAGUACGACGGGCAUCGUCUUCAAGACAUGCCCGCCGGCAGCACGUAUCACCUCCCCCCUGUUGACCAAGACGAGGAUGAAUCACAGCGUCAUCUCCUGGGACAAACCCCCGGUCUCCACUACGAACAGGAUCGGUUGGGUGCCAAUGAAACUCCCGCACGCCCAGUUUCGGCUUACAGUCUUUCUGAAUCUUACGCUACGAAUGCUCCUCCUCCUACUCAGUCACCAGCACCUCAAUAUACCAGCGAGUACGGAGGUGGCUAUGUCGGACAUCAGCUUGAGGAUACCGGUUUUGGAUACGGACGGCCUGCAUCUACGGUCGACAGCGACGAAAGUUGGCUACGUCGCCAGCAGCCCGGUGGCGGCGGCGGUGGGUUGAAGCGUUAUGCUACCCGUAGGGUUAAGCUAGUUCAGGGAUCCGUUCUCAGCGUCGAUUAUCCCGUACCGAGUGCUAUCAAGAACGCCGUGCAGGCUAAGUAUCGAGACACUGAGAGCGGCAGUGGAGAGUUCCUCAACAUGCGAUACACGGCUGCCACCUGCGACCCGAAUGAUUUUACUCUGAAAAAUGGUUACGAUCUUCGGCCUCGUAUGUAUAACAGACACACCGAGCUUCUGAUCGCCAUCACCUACUACAACGAAGACAAGCAGCUUUUUUCGCGAACUCUUCAUGGUGUUAUGCAGAAUAUCCGCGACAUCGUCAACCUUAAAAAAUCUACCUUCUGGAACAAGGGUGGCCCUGCCUGGCAAAAGAUUGUUGUCUGUUUCGUUUUUGACGGUAUCGACAAGGCCGACAAGGAGACGCUGGAUGUAUUGGCGACCAUUGGUGUCUUCCAGGACGGUGUCGUGAAAAAGGAGGUUGGCGGAAAAGAGACAGCUGCUCACAUCUUCGAGUACACUACCCAGCUGUCCGUUACGCCGAACCAGCAGCUUAUUAGGCCGGUAGAUGACAGCCCUCAGACCUUGCCGCCCGUCCAAAUGAUUUUCUGUCUGAAGCAGAAGAAUACCAAGAAGAUCAACUCUCACCGUUGGCUAUUUAAUGCGUUUGGCAGAAUCUUAAACCCGGAAGUGUGCAUUCUUCUCGAUGCUGGUACUAAACCAGGACCCAAGUCACUGCUCGCCCUUUGGGAAGGCUUCUACAACGACAAAGAUCUUGGUGGUGCUUGUGGUGAAAUCCACGCCAUGUUAGGCAAAGGCGGCAAGAAGUUAACGAACCCUCUUGUCGCCGUCCAGAACUUCGAGUACAAAAUCUCUAAUAUUCUGGACAAGCCUCUUGAAAGUUCUUUCGGCUACGUGUCUGUGUUGCCUGGUGCUUUCUCUGCAUAUCGAUUCCGGGCUAUUAUGGGUCGACCGCUAGACCAGUAUUUCCAUGGUGACCAUACUCUUUCCAAGAUUCUCGGUCCCAAGGGUAUCGAAGGCAUGAAUAUCUUCAAGAAGAACAUGUUCUUAGCCGAAGAUCGUAUCUUGUGUUUCGAGCUUGUCGCUAAGGCUGGGUCCAAGUGGCAUCUGUCGUAUAUCAAAGCUGCCAAGGGCGAGACUGAUGUGCCCGAAGGUGCUCCCGAAUUUAUCAGCCAGCGACGACGUUGGCUCAACGGUUCCUUCGCCGCCACCCUGUACUCGCUGAUGCACUUCGGUCGUAUGUACAAGAGUGGUCACAACAUCGUCCGCAUGUUCUUCCUGCACAUCCAGCUUAUCUACAACGUCGUUAACGUCGCCUUCACUUGGUUCAGUUUGGCAUCUUAUUACCUGACAACAACGGUUCUUAUGGAUUUGGUCGGACAGCAUACAGAACCCGGCCCAAAUUCUAAUGAGAAACAUGGAUGGCCCUUUGGGGACACAGCUACUCCCAUUGUCAAUCUCGUUCUUCAGUAUCUGUACAUUGCCUUCCUGGUUCUCCAGUUCAUUCUUGCCCUUGGUAACCGUCCUAAGGGUUCCAAGUGGUCUUACAUCGCAUCGUUUGGUUUGUUCGGGUUUAUUCAGCUCUACGUCCUCAUUUUGUCCCUUUACUUAGUCGUGAAAGCUUUCCAACCAGAGAGUUUACCCAGCGGUGAAAGUGCUGGCGAUGCGCUCAAGGACAUGUUUACGGGCGAAUCCGAGGUGGCUAUUAUUAUCCUCGCGUUACUGGCGACAUUUGGUUUGUACUUCAUCGCAUCGUUCAUGUACCUCGACCCCUGGCACAUGUUCCACUCGUUCCCGCAGUACUUGGUUCUCAUGUCGACGUACAUUAACAUUCUGAUGGUUUACGCUUUCAACAACUGGCACGAUGUUUCAUGGGGUACCAAGGGUUCAGAUAAAGCCGAAGCUUUACCGAAGGCCGAAGUCGUGAAAGAUGAAAAGGGUGAAGCGGCCAUCGAAGAAAUCGACAAGCCUCAGGAGGAUAUCGACAGCCAGUUCGAGCAGACAGUCAAGCGUGCCUUGGCUCCUUUCAAGCCGGAGCCCGAGGAUGAUAGCAAGGACCUUGAGGAUUCGUACAAGUCUUUCCGAACAUCAUUGGUCGUUGCGUGGUUGUUCUCGAACGUUGCUCUCAUUGUGGGCGUAACUAGUGAUAAGCUGGCCACAUUCGGUGUAGGAGUUACCACGUCAGACCGACAGGCGCAGUUCUUCAAGUUCCUUCUUAUCGCCACGGCAGCUAUGUCCUUUGUUCGUUUCAUCGGAUGCUGCUGGUUCUUGGGCAAGACCGGAAUUAUGUGCUGCUUCUCCAGGCGGUAGAGCGGCUGGCACUCAUCGGCGCAAUCAGUUCUUGCGAGAUUUAUACGCCUGCGAUUUGUACAAAUGUAGCCUAUCUCCAGGACCUGGCGUCAAACACUAUUUCUAUGCUGGAUAGAAGGGAGAUAUGUCUCGGUUUGCAGGACAGGAUAAGGGGGAUUCCGAAAAGUUGCGGCUACGCCGUAGGUCUGUUAACCGUGUGACAUUGUUUAGGCGUUAAUGGCCUUCUCCUUUUAUAUACACCUAAUAUUUCUGACCUGGAUAGUCAGGUCAGUUUCUUACGAACCAUUUUAGAAAAUCGAAGUGUUUUUUAUGGUUAGGUA